GUACCCAUAGGGUUUCUAUCUGGGGGUGUAGACGAUGCAGCUCUACGAUCACGUGACAUUUCCUGUUUCGCUGAAGCGAAGGAGAUCAUCCAGAAAUAUUAAGGUAUUUUUAAGCAUCGAUGGCUCUCAUCUCUCUCGAGGACCUCGAUGGAUUAGACGAUGAACAAAUAGCAGAGGAAACGGCUGACGGGUCUGAGGCAAGAGAGGAGAUGGAGAGCCAGCGCCUCCUCAACCACUGGCAGGCAGUGGGUCGUACUCAUCACGUGUCUGUCCCUACAGAAAUGACUGGACCGAUCCAGGAGAUGACCCGCCAUAACCAGCAGAGGGAGCCGAUCCCAUUCACAAACAUCUCCUGCCAGGACAAGCUAGGGGAGGGGCCGAUUGAAGAGAAGGUGUGUCCAGGAGGGAUGUGGGCGUGUGUCACGCGCAGGGAGGAGCUGUAUGAGCAGAGCAUCUCCAACGCCUUCAUGAAGCUCAUGCGCUUCAUCUGCAAGGAGAACUCCGCAGGCCGCUACCUGGGAAUGACUAUCCCUAUAGUCAACAUCAUCCACCUGACGCAGGACGGCAGCGCAUUCGAGAAGGACGUGAUCACUGCUUAUUACCUGCCGUCUGAGUUCCAAGCCAACCCCCCCGAGCCUGCAGACCCGGAGGUGUCCAUCGUCUUCAGACCUCCCUUCUCCGUCCUGGCCAGGACAUUCUCCGGAACCACGACGGAAGAAACGUUGUCCCAUCAGAUCCACCAGCUGUGGGAGCAUGUGGGCCCGUCUGGAGACUUCCAGCGGGACAGCUAUAUGGUGGCCGUGUACACCAACCCUGGGGUGGAACAGCGGCGCAACGAGAUCUGGUUCCUCCAUCGAGACCCCUAGGAGCUUCUGUCAUGUAUAUACCUGUGCACUCUGUGUACUCUGCACUGCACUCUGUGCCCCUACUGUGCACUCUUUACUUACUGUAUACUGUACAGGGCGUACGUGUUCCUACUGUGUACUGUGUGCUUACUGUAAGACGUGUACUGACUGUAUACGGUGUACUGUGUAUUGUACACUGCAUUGUACAGUAUAGUGUACUUAAUUCAUACAGUGUACUUAUUGUAUGCAGUGUACUGUGUAGCUACUAUACACUCUGUACUUUGUACCUUCUAUACACUGUGUACUGUAUACAGUGAAUCUAUUGUACACUGUGUACUUACUGUACACUCUGUACUUUACAGUGUACUUACUGUAUACUGUGUACAUCUCGUCUGCACCCCCUCACACCGUCUGUCCCGUCCCAUGUUCAGGUGGAGUCGUCUGGGGAGACAAGGGGGGGUUCUCAAGGUGGCUUAGGGUUCUCUGGGAUUCUCAAGGUGGCUUGGGGUUCUCAAGGUGUUUUAGGGUUCUCUGAGUUUCUCAAGUUGUUUUAGGGUUCUCUGGGGGUCCCAAGGUGGUUUGGGUUCUCUGGGGGUCCCAAGGCGGUUUAGGGUUCUUAAGGUGGUUUAGGGUUCUCAAGGUGGCUUUUGGGUUCUCUAUAAGGUUUUCAUGGUGGCUUAGGGUUCUCUAGGGUUUUCAUGGUGGCUUAGGGUUCUCUAGGGUUUUCAUGGUGGCUUAGGGUUCUCAGGGGUUGUCUUGGUGACUUAGGGUUCUCUGGCGUUCUCCUGGGAGUUAAGGGUUCUCUGGUGUACUCAUGGUGGAUUGGGGUUCUCUUAGGUUUAUCAUGGUGGCUAAAGGUCCUCUGGGGUUUUCGUGGUGGUUCAGGGUUCUCUGGGGUUCUUAAGGUUCUCAGGGGUUAUCAUGGUGGAUUGGGGUUCUUAAGGUGGCUGAGGGGUUAUCUUGGGUUCUCAAGGUGGGUUAGGGUCCCCUUGCAUUCUCAUUGUGGGUUAGGGUUCCAAAACGUAUCCUAUUCUGCUCAUUUGGGAAAAUCUAAGAAAUCGUGCUGCCUGUUUAUUUACCUUUGAAUAGAAAGCAGAGUUAAGAUUCAGGAUUGUUUUUAAACUCUUGAGAUUUGCCGAGAUACAUUUUUGCUGCCAUUUGCAUCAUGCCUCAUCUCUAAGAGGGAGAGGACAGAUACAGACCCUGAAUGAUAACCAACCACUCCAGAUAGAGGUUAGCAACAAUUACUAUUCUCUAUACAAAACUUACAUAUUUUACGACAUGUCUUGCUGUUCAUUGUAAGUUUGAAGUAUGUUUCUUACCUGCUUGUUAUAAAAAAUAUUCACAGUUGUAAAAUUAACAUUGCAUCAUAGUUUUCAAUAAAUCAUCAUGAAAAAGUAUAUCAAUGUGGGGGUCACAUUAUUAAAGCCUUCUUACACUGACUUGAUGAUUUCACUCUUCAUAUUGGACCCCCUGACAUGAUGCUUAAGCUUACAGGCUUAGGGUUAGAUAUUGUAUUAAGCUUACAGGGUCAGGGUAAGGUAUUGUAUCAAGCUCACUUAGGUAUUGCAUUAAGCCUACAGGGUUAGGGGUAGGUAUUGUAUGAAGCUUACAAAGUUAGGUAUUUUAUUAAGUAUACAGGGUUAG